UUAGUGAAUGGCAGCACCAUCUAUGAAGGCAGAGUAGAGGUGUUUGUCAACGGUUCCUGGGGAACGGCUUGCAGCCAUUCCUGGGACAUGAACGAGGCCCAAGUCAUCUGCAGACAGCUUGGAUAUGGACCAGCCAUUAAUGCCCCGGGCUACGCUACCUAUGGCCCGGGUGUUGGUCCUAUUCACCUUGUACAUGUGCACUGCAACGGUUCGGAAAGCUCAAUACUUGACUGCACAUCUUAUUACUCUGAACACUGCUCUCACAGUGAAGAUGCCGGUGUUGAAUGCUCAGCUCCAGUUCGUCUCGUGAAUGGAAGCUCUUCUAACGAGGGUCAAGUUGAGGUCUUCUACCAAGGCGAGUGGGGUACAGUCUGCGAUGAUGGAUGGGACCUUAAUAAUGCUGAUGUCGUCUGUCGCAUGCUUGGUUACCCUUCUGCAUCCAACGCUUGGAGCGGCGCUCACUUCGGUCAAGGAUCAGGUCCGAUCAUGCUAGACAAUGUUAACUGCCAAGGAUAUGAAUCUAGCAUAGCUGAAUGCAAUCAUGCUGGCUGGUUUAGCCAUAACUGUGGGCAUAAUGAGGACGCAGGAGUUACUUGUAACAGUGACUCUACCACUGAACCACCCUACUCCGGCUGCAGUUCAUAUGAGUGGCAAUGCUACUACAACGGUCAAUGUAUUCAAGACUACCAAAGAUGCAACGGUUACACUGACUGCUACUUUGGCGAAGAUGAAUCCAACUGUUACGACUAUACCACUGAGCCAUCCAACUCCGGCUGCAGUUCAAAUGAGUGGGCAUGCUACUACUACGGUCAAUGUAUUCAAGACUACCAAAGAUGCAACACUACACUACCGAACCACUGGAUGUGUAUUUCAAACCAUUUCUUCCAUUCAUCAUGUUUUAUAGGAAACACCGUUGCUCCCACUGUAGACGUCAAUCCACCCUCCUCCGUGAUACGAUUAGUGAAUGGCAGCACCAUCUAUGAAGGCAGAGUAGAGGUGUUUGUCAACGGUUCCUGGGGAACGGCUUGCAGCCAUUCCUGGGACAUGAACGAGGCCCAAGUCAUCUGCAGACAGCUUGGAUAUGGACCAGCCAUUAAUGCCACGGGUUACGCUACCUAUGGCCCGGGUGUUGGUCCUAUUCACCUUGUACAUGUGCACUGCAACGGUUCGGAAAGCUCAAUUCUCGACUGCACAUCUGAUUACUCUGAACACUGCUCUCACAGUGAAGAUGCCGGUGUUGAAUGCUCAGCUCCAGUUCGUCUCGUGAAUGGAAGCUCUUCUAACGAGGGUCAAGUUGAGGUCUUCUACCAAGGCGAGUGGGGUACAGUCUGCGAUGAUGGAUGGGACCUUAAUAAUGCUGAUGUCGUCUGUCGCAUGCUUGGUUACCCUUCUGCAUCCAACGCUUGGAGCAGCGCUCACUUCGGUCAAGGAUCAGGUCCGAUCAUGCUAGACAAUGUUAACUGCCAAGGAUAUGAAUCUAGCAUAGCUGAAUGCAAUCAUGCUGGCUGGUUUAGCCAUAACUGUGGGCAUAAUGAGGACGCAGGUGUUACUUGUAACAGUGAUGGACAGCCAUGGAUAACUGGUGAUCCACUGACGACGACAAAUCCAGGAGAAAGAAUUGUCCUGAUUCUUAAUGGAAGUGAGACUCUCCAGAUCACAUCGCCUCUCUAUCCAAGCAACUAUCCCAACUCUGCCGACGUUACUUGGACCAUUCAAUCUUGGGUGGACCAAAAGAUUCACAUCACCUUCCACAGUUUUGAAACUGAGCGAGGCUUUGACUAUUUUCGGGCCGGUGAUGGUGACAACAAUUACUACAACGAGUUCUUCGUGUGGCACGGGACGAAAGAUCCUCCCGAUCUGAUCUCUUCUUGGAAUCAGAUGUGGUUGAGAUUCACGUCGGAUGGAAGUGCAACACGAUCUGGGUUUUUGUUAUCGGCUGUCAGCCUUCCGUCAACUGUAACUGUGGGUUGUAAUUCAAGUGAGUUUGACUGCGGACAUUCAGUCUGUAUCAAUGGCUCCUGGCGGUGCGAUUAUCAGUCGGAUUGCUACGAUGGAAGCGAUGAACUGUAUUGCGAUGGACAGCCAUGGAUAACUGGUGAUCCACUGACGACGACAAAUCCAGUGUGGCCCCGUGGCCCGGACACACUCCAAGACUUCCUCCAGUACCUCAACAAGCAACACACCAGCAUCAGCUUCACCAUGGAACAAGAACAGCACGGCACCAUUCCUUUCCUGGACGUCAAGAUCUCCAGGAAUCCGGAUGGCACCCUGGGACACAGCGUCUACAGGAAACCCACCCACACCGACCGCUAUCUCCACCAACGGUCGUUCCAUCACCCCAGCAUCAAGUCAUCGGUCAACCGCACCCUAGUACAGAGAGCCUCCGAGGUCUGCGACCAAGACAACCUCAAGCGUGAACUCAAGCACUACGCUCUCCUUCGUCAGGCUGGUUUGAUAGGUAGCGUGCCGCCUCGAUGGUGUCCAGUCCCCGCAGCGAUGGGCCACGGCACAAGUUAUCCUCCGUGGAAUACCGUCAGUGGAAUCCUCGGUGGAAUACCGCCGAUGGAAGGUGGAAGGGGUUUGUGGAAUGGGAUUGCGGAAGGGGAGUAG